CGAAACAGGAGUCGGAUGAGCAAGGGGGCUGUGAGGUUGCGAUAGCACGAACAGACCACGAGCGAAUUAGUUCCAUUCAAGCGAAACGGACUAUGAGCGAAGCAAAUGGGAGCGAAACACAAAUGGCUUGUCCUUUGUGUGUAGCGUAUGAGUUAGAGCAGGAAAGGAGAUAG